AUGGAGAAAGAGGGACUUAUAAGGGCCAUCCAGAAACUUCAUCAGGAGCAGAUCGAUAUUCAGACCAUCAUUACAGACAGGCAUGUCCAGAUAAAAAAAUGGAUCCGGGAGACAAUGACAAGCACACGACAUUGCUUCGAUAUUUGGCAUGUAGCAAAAGGUUUAAAGAAGAAAUUGGUUGCUCUUUCAAAGGAGAAGGAGUGCGACAACCUGCAGAGAUGGAUAAAAAGCAUCACCAACCAUCUUUACUGGGUUGCAUCAUCAACACCGGAUGGCAAUGGGGAUAUGAUGUUGCAGAAAUGGGAAAGCAUUGUGAACCAUAUCAAGAAUAUUCAUCAUGGACAUGGAACCCUUUUCCCAGUCUGCACUCAUGAACCUCUUGAUCCCUCUUACAGUAAGAAAAAAUGGCUCAAACCAGGUACGAAGGUUUGUGGAAAAUUAGAGAUGAUUCUCACUUCUACAUAUAUGAAGAGAGACAUCCCUAUGCUAUCCACUGGUCAGCAGACUUCAUGCCUGGAGGCGUAUCACUCUGUGAUAAAUCAUUUUGCGCCCAAAAUAAUUGGCUUGUCCUACCAUGGAAUGCAGAGUCGUUUGUUACUGGCAGCCUUGCACUUUAAUGAGAAUGUGGGAAGGGCACAGGCCUUAUUUCCUAAUGGUGACAAACGAUUUAGCAUCAUAUUCCCCAAACAGAAAAAUGGUGAUUUCACAGUGAGACAAGUGAAGACGCAAUGUACCUUCAACUAUGUGGAAGAUUUGAUUAGUGCUACCAUUGCACAUGUUCAGUGUGUCCAGAUGCCAUACUGCAAGAUCAAUGGAGAGGCACCACCACCUCUAUGUCAGAAUUUUGUACAUCCGGAGAAGUCGUAA